AAAUCUGACCAGGUAUAAGUAGAUCUUAUCAGACAGUCUGCAAAACAGUGAAGCUGAACAAUACAAAACUACCUCUAUCGUGCUCCAGUCUGGUGCUGUUGAAGUCAUGGGGCGAGACAACAUCCUAACCUUUGCUGUGCUGUGUGUCUUCCAUGUUUGGACUCUGGGUGUGGACUCGAAGAUGGUUCAUCUCCAUCAGCCUGGUCUCAAUUCCAGCAUACCCUUAGACAUGGUCCCUGACUCUGUUGACGACAUGUAUAACGGCUGCACUGAACAAAUGUACAACAAGGUGCAGAAGGAAUAUCUUGUACAUGAAAACAAAGAGCCCUUCAAAAAUGCCUGGAAGUGGGCCGAAAGGUGUGCAAAAAAUGUGAAGGAACGAUUCCGAAAGGACAAGUCUGAGUACAAUGUUAGCGACAAACUUUCACAUAAUCAUAUCAAGGCUAUCUGUGCUUACACAACAGGUCAUCCUUCAAUACACUCAGAGUUCAACCAAGCAGUCCGGACCAAUAGAUAUAAGUAUACAACCUCCUUCCAGUUCCACUCCCUGCAUUUCUUCCUGACUGACGCCAUUCGCCUCCUGAAAAAGAAGCAAUCUUGUCACAUCACAUACAGAAGAACCAAAAUGAAGUUUGUGGGUAAAGUUAACAAAACUAUUAGAUUUGGCUACUUUGCCUCCAGCUCUCUUAACAAGGACAAUUCUGAAUUUGGAGACAAGUCCUGCUUUGAGAUAGAGACGUGUUUUGGCGCUUACCUGAAGUCCUUCCCCAAAAUGGGGACAAAAGAAGAGGAGGUGUUGAUUCCACCCUAUGAAGUGUUCAACGUUACUGAAGUACUCAAGAAAGAAGACGAUCCAACACUUUGGUGUGAUGUUGUGAACAAACUACAGAGCACCAAAAUAGCCAAGAGUAACCUGAAUUGCAAAAUGUUUAAGAAGCCAAUUUUUAAUUAAGAAAAUUAACAUUGAGUCAUUGUCCCUAAAGAGGAUGUAAUUCAACCAGCUCAGCUUCUUAUUCUCAGGCUUCUUACAAAAAUAAUAAAAUGUUGAGUGACCAUAGUUUCUAUUGUAAUAAGUUAAUUGGUGUUUAUUUGUGGAUGUUACAUACAAACCUCAUCCUGACUACCAGAAAUAGUUAUUAUUAAGAUGUGUGUAUUAACCUGUGUAUCAGACUCCAUAGGAGACUUUAAAGCACUUAUAUACCUUCUGCAGCUUGUGGCAAAAUGAAUAAAGAAAAUCAUUGAGCAAGAA